UGGGGAAUCGGCGUGCGUAGGCGUAACCUCCCUCCCUCGCUCCCGAUGGCGACGAAGCGGCCGCGGCUGACGCCGACGCCGUCCGUAUGGGUGGACGCCCCCGACAACAUCCUCCUCCGCCUCGCCGCCUACCUCCCCUCCAGCGGCGACCGCAUCCGCAUGUCCUUCGCCAACAAGCACUGGAGCCGCGCCUUGCGCGGGGAGGGGCAGGGCCGGCCACCGCAGCUCCCCCUUCCGCCGCCCCUGCUCCCCUGCCUCAUCUUCCCCAGCACCGAGGCGCCCACCUUCUUCUGCCCCAUCGACCUCAUGAGCUACCCCCUCCCGCUCCCGCGCGCCGUCCGCAACGCGCGCAUCUGCGGCUCCACGGAGGGAGGCUGGCUCGUCCUCGCGCUCGACGCGCGCCACGCGCACGCUCUCUACAACAUCUACUCCGGGAACCGCAUCACCCUCCCUCGGGGCCUCCGCAUCACCGAGGUCAAGAUUGAUCUCCCCUUGGUCUUGCGCGCCGCAACGCUCUCCUACUCGCCGUCCUACUCGCCUCGCGGUCGCGGGGGAUACAUGAUCGGCGCCAUCGCCCUCGUCGGCCGCAGACGCUGCCCCGCGUUCUGGCAAGAGGGGUUAGAGAACUGGAUCACGCCCGACCCCGAGGACAUGUGGACGAGGCGGCGGCUGCAGGACGUGAUCUAUUGCUCCGGCGCCUUCAAUUUCCUCACCACGGCCGAGAGCCUCGUCACGUACACGCCAGUGCUCAAAGGGGACAACAACGAGCUAUCCAUGCUGCGCUACGACUACGACAUGGUGCGGCGCCAGGACUACGCAGACGACCUGCUCUUCAUUGGAGGAGGCCAUGGCUCCAUGGUGCGCUACCUCGUGCCCAUUGGGGGCUGGCUUCACAUGGUCGUCAGGUAUAUCUACAACGACGGCGGGACGGGGGUGCUCCGGGUCUUCAGAUUCGAGCUCAAACCGCCGGCGUCGUACGGCCGCUCCUUCCGUGGUACCUGGGUGCCCGUGAAGGAGUUCCAAGGCCACAUGCUGUUCGUGGGGCCAGCCUGCUCCAGAUCCAUCGACGUCGCGCACUUCCAUGGCUUCGAGGACUCCACCAUCUACUUCCCGGACGACUGCUUCUUCCCGGCCGACACCCAGCCGGCGGCGGACAACAGGAGGUGGUACUCCUUCGUCGACAUGGGCAGGUACUCACUCUUUGAUGUGGACUCCAUCGAUGAGUUCUGGCCUCCCAAGGAUCGUCGCCCGGAGAGGUCGGACAAUGCUCCUUGCACUUGGUGGUUCCAUUGACACAACACCAUGCCGCGCGCGCGCUGGCAGGUGAAUGUGCUUACCCUUCAGUUCGGGCUUAAUCAUACUUGCAUGCUACUGUACGUGUUGUUCCUCCUCGAGCUUGAUGAGUACGUACUACGUGGUGCUGAGAUUGUAUCUGUCCUCUUUUUUUUUGCGUUUUCAGCAUUUGGUGCUGCCAGAUGGUACUACCACAAAAUUACUUUGAUAUUUCGAUCGUAGUACUAUCUUGUCGCCAAUUCUAAUGUUC